ACAUCUACAGGCAUUUUUUAGAUCCUGUCCCACCACGUUUAAGCGUUCGCUAGAGUUUUGCAGUGGCCGGUGUGGCAACCUUGGAGGAGCACGCGUAUCGCGGCCCUUACAAGCGCCACUAAAACGUACCACACCGUGUGGGCGAUGGAGCACAAUACACCCCACGGGCCUUCCCAACACCCACUAAAAACCAAGCACAGCGUACCGCUGCUGACAACAGCUGCAGGCUUGGCACUCGUGACCACCACGACAUUGUUUUCCAUGUCGGCAUCCACGGCCGCCGUUGCUGAUGUCUACGCACGGACUGGCAGGGUCAGCAUGGCGUGGUUGUGUCGCCCCCCCUGCCGGAGUCACAUUCCCCCCCUUUCCUCUCCUUCGGUAAUACCCUCACAAGGAGCUACUGCGAGUCAGGUCAUCCCUCCCCAGCACCUUGAGACGAAGCGGAGAAGAGAAAGAUGGGCAGAAGGCAUGCACGUGCUCCUUAUGACGCGAAGCCGGGGGGGAAUGGGGAAAGGAGGGCAGGAACAGGGAGAGCCAGAAGGGAAGGGAGGAGGAGGA